AUGUUAUUAUUAAGACCAACUCCACCGGCGAGCAUGAAGAUUGCUCGCCAAUUUCUAGCUGUCGGGCCCAUACUAAAAUCUGGUCACUCGGCGGCCAAUCGCCGGGGCUGCUUGAGAUGUUUUUCAGGAGUGGGCAACGCCGCACUAGGCAAGAAAUACAGGGCAGUAGUUGUCGGUGCUGGACCAGCUGGUACCGCCGUGGUUGGGAAUCUACUAGAGCAGAAGCAGGCUCCGAUAUUAUGGGUUGAUGAUGAGUUCCAUGGCGGAAGGCUGGAUAAUAAUACUAAGGUCAAGCGCUUUGUGUCAUAUGCUGAAGGGGUCUCACCGUUUAGAGAGAUCUUUAAGGAAACACCAGAACCGAAUGCUUAUUCUCAUCUGAAGAGUCUGGAGCAGGAGAACACGUGCUAUAUUGCUCAGGCUGCGGACCUUUGUGUUAUGUUGACCAAAGGUUUGGACCAGUCCAAAGGAGUGUAUAAGCAACUGGGUAGAGUAUCCGAUGCAUCAUUGUCUGAGACAAGUGGGUGGACAGUAAGACUAAAUCCAUCGGGUGAUAAAAAUGCUGGGCCAACUGAAGUAUCAUCCGAUAUUAUGGUCCUAUGCACAGGCGCAGCACCCUCAUCCGGCCCUCUCCCAGUGUCUGAUAUUCAGGAAAUCGGACUUGACCCCGCGCUCAAACCAUCUCUCCUCCAAACCAUAAUCCCAUCAGACUCGCCCAUCACCGUAGCUGUAAUUGGCGCAUCUCACAGCGCUAUUUUGGUCCUCCGGAAUCUCUACAACCUUGGUCGCUCUACCCAUCCUCAAUUACGCAUCAAAUGGUUUACCCGUCACCCUCUACGUUAUGCUGAGGAAAGAGAUGGCUGGAUAUUGAGAGACAACACUGGCCUGAAAGGCGAUGUUGCUAUCUGGGCGAAGGAAAAUCUUGAAGAAGAUAGACUUCCCGCAUCGGAUGUGAGCCGAUAUCUUGAGAAAGUCCCCACGACACGGGACAAGGAGGAAGCGGUGUAUAAGGAGCAUCUACCGGCGUGCACACAUGUUGUUCAGGCUAUUGGAUUCACCAGAAAUGAAAUUCCCGCGCUUAAGAGACAAGGUAAGGAGCUUGAAAUUAAGUACGACAACACAGCAGGCGGCUUUGAGGACAAGGACGGAAAGAAGGUGAAAGGCUUAUACGCUGCUGGCAUCGCGUGGCCGGAGAGGGUUGUCGAUCCUGAAGGGAAUGUGGAAUACGCCGUGGGAUUGGCUAAGUUCAUGAAUUAUUUGAAGAGGGUUGUGCCGAAUUGGAAUGCGAAUUAG